AUGAACUGGGACGACAACCUCACUCUUACUGGGGAGGAUCCGAAUUGGUCUGUGCGUGGCCAGUACCAGUCUGCCAUGUAUGCUGUCCACCUCAGCAGUGGCCAUUCCAUCCAAUGCAAGUCCAUCAAGGCAUCGACCAUUGACCAGUACCUUCUGGCUGCCUCCUCUCUGAUCCGCUGCUUCACGCAGCAGGACUACAGGAAGGACAAGUUGGGAGACCGAACCAUGGGUGCAUAUCUGUCUGGUGUCAUGCGUGAUAUCAGGAGGUAUGAGACUAUGGCUGAUCGCAGAGAGCCCUAUGACCACCGCAUGCAUGCCCUUGCCUGCAAGGUGGCCGCCAAGUUUCCUAUUACCAGCUUGGUAUGCUGUCUCACUGAUGGCUUUGAGCAGGGAUUGUGUACUGGGUAUCGACUUACUGAAUGGGCUCAGCCUGCCGGCAAAACCAAUGUUCUAUCUCCACAUGGCAAUGGGCGGACUGGACCCGAGUGCAAAACUCGGGCUGUAAUUCCCAACGACAUUCGGGCUGUUGGCCUAUGUGGUGUGCGUCUUAUUGGGCUGGCUAUUAUUACUUUGCCCCUUCUGCGGCUGUCACAGAUGUAUGUAAAAUUCCGCACCCAGAAAAAUGGUGAAAAUGGGGAGGAGAAACUAUAUGAACGAAACCCCAAUCCUUUGGGCCUCUGUUUUGUUUCUUCCACCUAUCGAUCCCUGGUACGGUUUGCCCAAGUCCAGGUGAUGCACCCGAGUUUGUCGCCUGCCUCCACUCCACUCUCCGUCUACUGGGACCCCAAAAGCCGACGCGCUAAGCUUGUUGAUGGCUCUGCCAUUGAGAAGUUUAUGCGUCGUCUGGCUGCAGCGGUGUACAAUUUGCACCCACUCCAUGAUAAAGCUGACCUCAGCAAGUGGAGCUCGCACUCCCUUCGUGUUGGUGCCUGUGUCAUUCUGCACAUCAUGGGAUUUUCUGACCGUGACAUCCAAUGGAUCCUCCGUUGGAAAUCCAUGUCACUUGUCAUGUAUUUCCGCAGUGUGGCCAUUCUAUCUAGACGGCAAAACGCGGCCUUUGACCGACUCCAGGCUUUGCCUCGGCUAUAA